CGUAGCCAAUGACAUUUUGGCCACCCGCCUCAGGGCACGCCUGCGCAGAAGUGGGUGACCUCGCGCCGCAGCGCGUUCCUCUUGGUGCGCAGGCGCAAAGUCAGCCAGAGCGAGUGUAGGCGACCCAAGAUGGCGGCUGUUGUGCAGAAUGUUGUUAAACUGCUCGGAGAGCAGUACUACAAGGACGCGAUGGAGCAGUGUCACAACUACAACGCACGCCUGUGUGCUGAGAGGAGCGUCCGCAUGCCUUUCCUGGACUCCCAGACUGGAGUGGCGCAGAGCAACUGCUACAUCUGGAUGGAGAAGAGACACCGGGGCCCAGGCGUUGCCCCAGGACAGCUCUACACCUACCCUGCUCGACGCUGGAGGAAGAAGAGGAGAGCCCACCCCCCUGAGGACCCCCGGCUCUCUUUCCCCCCCCUCAAACCAGAGAUGGAUGUGGGUUUGAAGAAGGACGCCAUGGUGCCCCCCGAUGGCAGCAGUCUCGAGGCCCUUCUGAAGACAGAGCCCCUGGACAAGCGCAGCCUACCGGACCCCAGGCUCCUGAGCGAUGAGGAUAGCCUGUCCGAGUUCCCCGGAUCAAACUCACGCACCAGGAAGAGAAUCCUGGAGCCCGAGGACUUCCUUGAUGACCUGGAUGAUGAGGAUUAUGAAGAGGACACCCCCAAACGACGAGGGAAAGGCAAGGGCAAGGGCAGAGGCGUGGGCAGUGCCCGGAAGAAGCUGGACGCGAUCGAGGAUCGAGACAAACCCUACGCCUGUGACAACAGUUACAAACAAAAGCAUAUUCCCAAACCUUCUGAACGAGUCUGUGGGAAACGCUACAAGAACCGUCCUGGGCUGAGCUAUCACUACGCACACUCCCACCUGGCAGACGAGGAGGGGGAGGAUCGAGAGGAUUUGGAGCCACGCACCCCCAUCCGCCCCAGAUCCGAGGAGCAGAAAUCUAAAAAAGGGCCAGACGGCUUGGCGCUGCCCAACAACUACUGCGACUUCUGUCUGGGAGACUCCAAAGUGAACCACAAGACGGGCCAGGCUGAGGGGCUGGUGUCCUGCUCAGACUGCGGCCGCUCAGGACACCCCUCCUGUCUCCAGUUCACUCCGGUCAUGAUGGCUGCAGUGAAAACCUAUCGCUGGCAGUGCAUCGAGUGCAAGUGCUGUAACAUCUGCGGCACCUCGGAGAACGAUGACAAGCUGCUGUUUUGUGAUGACUGUGAUCGUGGAUACCACAUGUACUGUCUACAGCCGGCCAUGUCGGAACCCCCUGAAGGAAGUUGGAGUUGUCAUCUAUGUCUGGAUUUAUUGAAAGACAAAGCCUCCAUAUACCAGAACCCUGAUGGCACUCCAUGAGACACAGACCCCUCACAACCCCCUCCCUCCCACGAGACAGACCCCGCCCUACAGGAGAUACAUUGACCCCUCACAACCCCCUCCCUCCCUCUGCUCCCACGAGACAGACCCCGCCCUACAGGAUAUACAUGGACCCCUCACAACCCCGUCCCUCCCUCCCUCCCUCGAGACAGACCCCGCCCUACAGGAGAUACAUGGACCCCUCACAACCCCCUCCCUCCCUCCCUCCCACGAGACAGACCCCGCCCUGCAGGAUAUACAUGGACCCCUCACAACCCCGUCCCUCCCUCCCUCCCACGAGACAGACCCCGCCCUACAGGAGAUACAUGGACCCCUCACAACCCCCGCCCUACAGAAGAUACAUGGACCCCUCACAACCCCGUCUCUCCCUCCCUCCCUCCCACGAGACUGACCCCACCCUACAGGAGAUACAUGGACCCCUCGCAACUCUCUCCCUCCCUCCCUCCCUCGAGACAGACCCCGCCCUACAGGAGAUACAUGGACCCCUCACAACCCCCUCCCUCCCUCCCUCCCACGAGACAGACCGCGCCCCCUACAGGAGAUACAUCCACAUCUGGAAUCUGGCUUCCUAUCGGACUGCGUCGCCUUAAUCCACUUGGGACGCACCACAGCUCCCCAUAAAAACUGUCCGAGAUGCAGAGUGAAUCAUGGUGUAGCCGCUUGAAGAGUAUACCCAAUACACAGAGGGAGACAGGUCCAUAUACUGUAGCAUUGAAAUGAAUUUAGAAAUUACUGUAGUGUACAUUUCGAAAUGAAUUUAGAAAUAGUAAAAGAAACAUAAUAAAUUCAAGGACGAACCUUUCGACCGCAAGUCUUUUUUUAAAUGUCUUCAGAAGACACUGAGAGAGACUUCUAGUCCAAAUGUCUGUCAGUGAAUUUAUUGCAUUUCUUUUAGUAUUUCUAAAUUCAGCACUAUUGAAUGUUUAAUGGUUAUGAACGAUUCCAAAAUGAGAUACGGUAAAACUAUAAUUACAGUUGUAGUCAAAAGUUUACAUACCUGAAUGGAAAUGUUAUAAUUUCUACAAAUUUCUCAAACAAAUAGUUGUAGGAAAAAUCUUUUGUAGCAAAAGUUUUGCUUUUGUGUAUGAGGAAAAAAAGUUACAAGAAAUAAUGUCUACAAUUUUUUUGCAAACUCAAAAUGCUAAUUCAAAAGUAUUCAUACCCUGACAAGGAAAAUGAAAUGAAUAGCUAGCUGAGGCACCUUUAGCAAUAAGAACCUCUUUUAAACGAUUAGGAUAUUUGUCAGUGAGCUUUUGGCAUGAUUCUUUAGUGACACUUUUUUUGUGACCAUUCUUCAGCACAAAAUUGUUCCAUUUCAUUCAAAUUCCAAGGACCUCUCUUGUGCACAGCCUUCUUCAACUCAUACCAAAGAUUCUCUAUCGGAUUUAAAUCUGGACUUUGACUAGGCCAUUCCAGAACCUUGAUUUGAUUCUUCUUUAACCAUUCUGAAGUAGAUUUUGAUGUGAGCUUUGUUGUUGUGUUGGAACGUCCAGUUGCGCUUUAAACCAAGUUUUAUAGCGGAGGGUUUCAGAUGAUUGUCCAAUAUCUUUUGGUAUGCUAUGGAAUCCAUUUUACAGUGUAAUGGAACAAAAUUUACUGUGCCAUUAGAGGAAAAACAGCCCCACAGAAGGGUAUUACCACUUCCAUGCUUGACAGUAUGUUGUUCUUUUCUUUGUACGCCUCACCAGACUUUCUCCAAACGUAACGACUAUCAGUGUGACCAAAUUUUUGUUUUUGUUUCAUCACUUCACAAAACCUGACCAGAACUCAUAUCCAUCGUUCAAAUUCUGUUUUGCAAACUUUAAGCGAUUGUCCUUGUGACAUUUUCCUAAGAGUGGCUUUUUCCUUGGCCUGCGACCAUUGAGACAUUCACCAUGCAAUACUCGACCUAUGGUUGAAAUGGAAACCCAGUCCCACUUCCAGCCAAAUCACUAUGAAUAUCUUUGGCAGUCAAUCUUGAAUUGUUAUUAACCUUCCUCACAAUUCUUCCACUUGUUCUUGGUGAAAGAACCUUCUUUCUUCCAGACCAAGGGAGCAUUGUGACAGUACCAUGAGUCUUGUACUUCUUGAUAAUAGAAACAAAUAGUUGAAAUUGGGAUACUCAGAUGCUUGGAAAUCUUCUUGUAUCCUUCUCCAGCUUUAUGACCAUAAAUAAUUUUCUGCCUAAGGUCUUCAGAUAGCUCUUUACUUUUUCCCAUAUUUAUUUAUUUAGCAGGCGCCUUUAUCCAAGGCGACUUACAGAGACUAGGGUGUGUGAACUAUGCAUCAGCUACGUCUCACCUGAAAGACGGAGCACAAGGAGGUGAAGUGACUUGCUCAGGGUCACACAAUGAGUCAGUGGCUGAGGUGGGAUUUGAACCAGGGACCUCUUGGUUACAAGACCUUUUCUUUAACCACUGGACCACACAGCCUCAUUACCAUGACUUCUUGGUAAUGACAGCAAUCAUCCUAUGCCUAACAGCAUUUUCUAGGCUUUUCUAGAAUUAGGUUCUGCAUUAUCAUAUUGAAAUUUCUAGCACCUUGUAGACAAUACUAUCAUAGCAUCAAAGGGUAUGAAAACUUUUGAAUUAGCAUUUUUGGAAUUUUGCAAAAAAAAAAUUGCUGAAAUAAAUAAUUGUAGACAUCUAUUACCUGUAACUUUUCCUCAUCCACAAAAGCAAAACUUUUGCUACAAAAGAUUUUUUCUAAAAAUUCCUUGUUUGAGAAAUUUCUAGAAAUUAUAAAUUUCCAUUGGGGUAUGUAAACUUUUGACUACAACUGUGUAUAUAUAUCUUUCACUCAGCAGCACCGGAUAUGAAAAAUAUAUUCGAUGCUAGAUUUCAACACUUGUAUAAUUAAUCAAAAUUGCAAUUAGGGUAUGCUGAUAUUGCCAAGAUCAUCAAUUAUCUAACUUUUUAAAACAUUAUUUUAGAUACUCUGUAAUAACUGAAACUUUAAACUUGUUCUUGCCUCUUAUUAGCAACAGCCUUGCCAGGUUAUUUUCACUUUGGCACACGGGCAAUGAGUUUUUAAUUUACUUUCAGCUGGUAUUCGAGUACGAAGGCUGUUGGUUUCAUACCUUCAAUAUGAUCACAUGUUCAGCCGAUACUAUAAAAGGUAUCUUAAAAAAAAAAAUUCUACGUAUAUGGGCGUUUUAUCCAGUUUUACAGACAACUGGUAUUCGUAAAAGAUUAAAACAACUGAACUCUAAGGGACUGAUGUGCUAAUGAGGAAAGGGAAUCCUUGGUAUCACUUGAUUUCAGCAGUCUUGUCUGGUCGGUCUUGCAUUCUGCAGUUUGAAACAAACAAAAACAAACUGGAGAGAGAUUCAUAAUGCUAUCAAUGAAAUAUGAUAUUCACGUGUAACCUCUUUGUAGAUUGCGCUGCUAAACUUUUUUUUUUGUGCCGUGUUAGUGUUGCUAGAAAUGAGUCCUCUGUGGAGAGCCCAUGCUUCCCACUUGGCUAGGUCUGCUGUGUCUCAAUGCACUGAUCACAGCUGUUUGGCUGGGAUGUUUGUGAAUGCAAUGGACAGUGCCCAUUCACCAGCAACAAUAUAACCACCUAUACUGUAAGAAUGAGCAUUCAUAAAACACGUUCUAUACAUGCUAAGUCUAUACUUCCAGUCAUCAUUCUGAAACAAUCUUCUCGUAUCAAGCAGGGCAGUGUUUUAUACCUGUUUAAACUUGCUGCAUCAUCUCACAAGAGAUCACAACAGAAGAGGCUGUGUCUGUUUUUAAAGAGAUCGCACUGCUUUAUUUUUGUAGAAUUUGCUCUGUCUUAUUUAACAAUGUAUUUUUAGGGAGGUCUCGUACAUUAGGAAAGCCUUUUCAAUGACGAGAGCCCGUGCAGCACUGUUUAGUGAUGACUGAAGGAUGAAUGGAUUGUUUUGUGAAUCAGUAAACACUGAAGUGCAGGAUUAGUGGUUGCUUACCUCUCUCUGAUUGGAGGUCAGUUCCCUCAUUGUUGUGCAGUGUUAGGGUUGAAAGCUAGGCGCUGUCAAUGAAUUAGCAAGGGCCUUAUUGACUGGAUCUUAAUCAUGUAGUUAUGGGGUUUCUGCCCAUGAAGGGCCAGUACUGAGCUGGUAACUUAAUACUAGAGGAAGGAAUUUCAGAAGCGCAUCGAAGUACUUGGGCACAGUCCAAGGCUAAACUUGAGUUUUUGAUUUGAACAGGCUGCAGUACAAACAACUACUCAACAUGCCUAGUAAUUGGCAAAGCAAUAAAACAGUGGGGUUGUGAGGGGGAGUGAACUGUCGUGAAUCAUGAUUGUGCAGAUCCACCCUUCAUGUGUGACGUGGUUGUGUCCAGUGCAUUCUGGUAAUUCAAUCAGGUUCUGCUGAAGAGUUUGACUUUAGUGUUGGGACAAGUAUUGGAAUAUUGGAACAUGUUCGGUUUUUGCUCAUAUAAUAGAAUUUAAAUAGACUGUAGAGGCAAAGAAAAGCAAUGCAUACAUGUCCAAAACAAAUAAGCCCCAUUGCACUUUACAGAACAGUGUUUCUCUCUAUUAAUAGCUCAUUUGAUGGGGUGCUUGGUUUUUACUCCCAGGAGAUUUUUAUUUACUGUAAUAUUGUAAAAAAAUCAUCCUUUUUGGUUUACCAGCUAAUUCCAAAUUGAAGAUAACAUUUAGAAUUGUAUAUAAAAGACCAAUGUUCAUCCCAGCACUAUAGGUUUGUUUCAAGUCAAGAGCAUUCAGUGUAUAUAAUGAAGGGAUGUUAAUAACGCAGCCGUGACCAGUGAGGUUUUCUUGCCCUGCAAGCUGAUGAUUCGAUUGACUUCACAGCACACAAGCUGGAAAAGGUGCCUAGGAAUAAAAAGUCUACUUUAUGUAUAUGCGUGUUGCUCCCCAGUAUUAAUGUUUUCCGAUCAAAAUACAGUGCAUCUCAUUGCAAACCCCGUACAGAAUGCCAGUACACGCCAGGUGAAGUGGUUGCAAUUGUUUCAUCCUUGUGUACAUUUUUUUAAUUUAUUUUUUUAAAGGUGCUGUUUUUAAAGUCCACCUCCAUGCCACCUGAAUUGAAUGUAGUGUUUAAAGGUGCCCCUGUUUGUUUUUGAAAGUAUUUUUUUUUUUUUUUUUUUUACAGAAGGAAUGUGAGAGAAUUGUUUUGAUUUGCUUUCGUUCCUGAGCUGCAGGGCAAGCGUAUUAAACCUGCUGGGGGUGUUUGAUCCUCACAUGUGGCUUAUCUAGCUGAUACAGAGUGCUGGCACAGGACAAUCGUGGAACACAGUGACUCCAUGAAAUAAUGUUUCCUUUAGGGGGGGCGCUGUUAAAGUUAACUAUAUAAGAAAGACAACACAAAAAAGAAACAUCUGAGCUUUGACUGUCCUUGCGGUUGUAUGAUCGCCUCCCUUUUCUGGAGGCAGUUGUUAAAAAGAAUGAGUUUGCUGUGUGCACAUUGGGUUUCAACAGUGCCCUCCGGUGGUCAUUCUGUACGGCACGUUUGUGUUCCCCACGGCUUGUGCCAGCACUGAAAUUCAGCACUCUUGUCAGCUAGAUAAGACAAUUCAGUUGUGGACAUCCACCCAAUCAGCCUAAUCCCAUAUCUGUAUAAUGGAGAGGUUUCAUUAUCUAACCACUUGUACCACUACUGACAGUAGCAGCUUGAAUAUACUCCCUGAAUAAAGCUGCAUGACACGCAGGCUUCAAGGGCAGUGUGUUUUUCUGCAGCCAAAACUACAUUUUCAAGCAGUCGGCUUGCACUUGGUAUGCUUUGUUCGUCUGUGUUCAUGGUUAGGUUACAAAAACAGUGCCGUGACAUCCCAGUCCAUACAAAUGUAUAAGAGCCUGCAAGAAUAUAAAAUGUGCUUUCUACAUUUCUGUAAAAGUUAUACUUGCUGGAAUCAUUUUUCAAGUUGCUGAAAAAUCUUUUUUUCACAUUCGGUGCUGUUCCAAGCCAUUGUCUACAACUCUGAGGACUGUGGAGUCAGGAGAUGCUGUUCCCAUCCAUUGUUUACAACUCGGAGGACUGUGGAGUCAGGAGAUGCAGACACAAAGCUUCCCAAUCUCAAACCAGAGAGAGUUCUACAGAAAAAGGAUCUCAGUAUGAGAGCAGCAGAUUGCUAGCAUGAUCAGUGAGUGCUAUUGUAGAUUGCACUGACUCUGUGGGAGGUUAUCAUUAUACUGCAUUAUGUUGAUGUCAUCCUAGCUGCUUUGACAUGCUUUACAUUGUUUCUAUUCCCUGAUGUCCUGGGCACAGCCACAAACCGGACUGGGGAAUUAUUUUCUUUAUUUUAAAAUUCCUAAUCUAAGAAGGUGCUGUUGCAAUUUUUGGGCACUAGAUGCCACUGUGUGUUACGGGGUACAUUUCCGUCGCUCAGAUUUUGGAAGUUGCUUUAUCCUUUUCACAAAGUGAAGUUGGAAGAAUGAAAUCCCCCCCUGUGAAACCUUUUCUUAAGAACCAGAUUUGUACUUGAUUUCAGCAGAAUUGUGCCCUCUUCUAAUCUGAGAUAUACUGGGAGGGCAACAUUUUUUUUUUUUUUGUCCUACAUUAUACAGGCACUGUCUGUAAAACCAGUUAGACACAAUAACGGCCAGCAUUCACGCACCACAAGAUCUCCAGCCCUCAUGCCUCUGCUUCUCUGCACACAGCAUUGCACACAAACUCCUGAUAAACCAAAUGGCUCCGGAUCGCUAUUUUUCUGUUUUGAUUAACCAGUUGUGUGCAACAGACAGUGACUAUAAUUGAAUGGGUUACAGUGAUACUGGCAAUGACAAACUCCAACCCCCCCCAUUGGCUGACAGCUUGAGUCUCCGCCCAUGGAAGGAAUGUGAACAUUCUGCUUGGGUAUGAAAGAUUUUGGAGGGUGGGGUUUUUGUGUCUUUAGAUCCUAUUUUGAGAACCAGCUUCUGAAGUAAUUUAUUAACUCCAUCGGUGGAAAUGUUUUUAUUUUAUUUUAAUGGGGUGGUUUGGUUAGGGAACUGAUUAUAUUAGCUGGAAGGAUUGGUUCACACAUUUGCAUUACUGAAAAUUAAACUUUAAAAAAAAAAAAUCUAUUCAGUACUGGGAAGUUGAGGUUUGGGAAUGGGAUAUUUUUGUAUCAUUUAGUUUUUCUGUUUUAACUAUAAGCAACUAACUUGUACUAAAACCUGCAUAUACCGCCAUGUUAUUAUUUGCCUUGUUGUUUAGACCCAGUGGCCAUUGUAAUAGUUUUUAUUUUCUGUUCAUUGUAUUUUUUUUUUAUAUAUAAUGUCUGCUAGGAGAUGGCAACUCUUUUUUUUUUCUAGGUAUUGUAUUUCUGUUCAUCACAGGAGUUUUAUGGUACUACAAUGUUUCUUAAGGAAAAUAAAAUUUUUGACACGGA